GGCACCGAGCCCCCUGCGCGCGGCACAUGGGGCGCCUGACGGAGGAGGCGGCAGCCGGCAGCGGCGCUUCAGCUGCGCGCUCGGCCGGGCCCCCUCCCACUCCCCUUCCCCUCUCUUCCACCUCCCCCGGGUGCGCGGCCACCAUGGCGUCCAGCGAGGAGGACGGCACCAACGGCGGCGCCUCAGAGGCCAGUGAGGAGAGGGAGGUCACCGGCAAGAGGAGGCGUCUCGGUUUCUUGGCUACUACUUGGCUCAUCCUUUACAACAUCGCCAUGACUGCGGGGUGGUUGGUCCUAGCUAUUGCCAUGGUACGUUUUUACAUGGAAAAAGGAACACACAGAGGUUUAUAUAAAAGUAUUCAGAAGACACUUAAAUUUUUUCAGACAUUUGCCUUACUUGAGAUAAUCCACUGUUUAAUUGGAAUUGUCCCAACUUCUGUGCUUGUGACUGGGGUCCAAGUGAGUUCAAGAAUCUUUAUGGUGUGGCUCAUCACUCACAGUAUAAAACCAAUCCAGAAUGAGGAGAGUGUUGUGCUUUUUCUGGUCGCGUGGACUGUGACAGAGAUCACUCGCUAUUCCUUCUACACAUUCAGUCUUCUCAACCACUUGCCAUACUUCAUUAAAUGGGCCAGAUACAAUUUUUUUAUCAUCUUAUAUCCUGUUGGAGUUGCUGGUGAACUUCUUACAAUUUACGCUGCAUUACCGUAUGUGAAGAAAUCGGGAAUGUUUUCAAUAAGACUUCCAAACAAGUACAAUGUCUCCUUUGACUACUAUUAUUUCCUUCUUAUCACCAUGGCUUCCUAUAUACCACUGUUUCCACAACUCUAUUUUCAUAUGUUACGUCAAAGAAGAAAGGUGCUCCAUGGAGAGGUGAUUGUAGAAAAGGAUGAUUAAAUGAUCCCUACAAACAAGGUGCUUUUUCCAGAAUAACCGCGUUUACUUGAGUCCAACUUUUAAUAAUAAGAAUAAACAACUUCAUGAAAUGUCGUGGAUUGUAUUGUUUAUUAAAAUAUAACUUGAAACAUGUGGCAUUUGCCAAUCAGUAUUUGUCUUCACAUUGUGUCAGAUCCAUUUUCAACAAGAGAUACGCACAUUUUACCAGCCUCUGAGCGUAUGCCAAGCAUUGAGAAAAUAUUGUGUAUAUUACCUUAAAAUAAAUCAGUCUCUGUUAAUUUUAGUAAGAAGAAACUUUUUUCCCCAACAUACUCAAAACUUUUAAAAUCAAUAUUUUAGAAAUUAGUUUAAUGAUUUACAUUUUGGUGCUUUCUAGUGGUACUUAUGUGGUGCUUCUCAAUGAAAGUAAAUGCAACAUUUUAA